UCCACUCCCAUAUUUCCCUCAAGUUUCCCUGCUCCAACCGGAAACAGAUCACAUCCACAAACACACAAUUAACAGCCGCCGCCAUCGCCUACCUUCUCUCUUUGCAAAUCUACCUCGCCGUCGUCACAGGUAUGAUUAGGGGGAGGAGGAAAUGAUAUAAAAGUAACAAAGUAAUAAACUUUAUUCAAUUAUUGUUAUGCUGGAAGUAAAGUAAAACAUCAGGUGGUUGUUGGUUGGUUUUUUUUUUUUGAAUUCGAUGGAUAGCGUGGAUUCGUUGCCAAUUUCAUCAUGCUCACUUUUUGAUCAUCUGAUGUUUGAAAACUUGCUUUCACUCAUAGAAAUAUGGGGGGUUUCAUUCCUCUCAAACAUUGCGAUCUUCUUUUACAAAUAAAUAAUGAAAUGUACUUGUUAUUAAAAAAACAUGGAUACAAUGUUCUUAACUAUGCACCUUGGUUUUUCUUCUGUUUCUUUUCUCUCUCCACCAUUAUUUUUCAUUGGAUUUAUGUGUUCUUUAUACUAUGUUUCGUAAUUAAAUCUUGAUAUCUAAUUAUUAAUUUACUAAAUUAGUGUUGUACGUUUUUUCCCCCUCCUUGUACAAAUGCUGAUCCACUAUAGACUCACCGGAGCCGGAGGCUGAGACAAAAAUUACCAAAGCGACGCGAUGGUUGUUGUUGACACCGCCAAAGAGGUCGAAAUUAGUGUCGGUUUAAGCACUUCGCCACCGUCAUUCACCUCUUCCAUUCAAGACUCAUCUUCCUCCUCGAAUGCAUCAUCGGCCUCCUCUAUCGCCAAUGAUCAUGACCAACCUACCGACCAUCGCCAAUCCAAUUCCACUGGUGCUGAUGCCGACGCUGAGGAGGCACGUGACUACGAGAGGAACAUGAGGGAAUUGCAAGAAUUGUUCUCCAAGCUCAAUCCCAUGGCCAAGGAAUUCGUUCCCCCUUCCCUGUCUAAUAACCAUUACGACCCAACCACCAAAGCAAACGCCAACAACAAUCACUUGCUCACUGCGGCCCUUGCCACACUCCAAGCUUUCGGCCCUACUAUUUACCCCGACAAUGCCGACAACGACAACAACAAUCCCGUCCUGGCAUUCGAUGUCUCUAAGAAUGGUCAUCUCAAUGGAAAGAAGAAAAACUUUGGUCAAGUAAAGCGUAGAAUGAACACUAGAACAAGCAUGGCUCAGAGGGAGGAGAUAAUUCGUCGGACUGUCUAUGUGUCUGACAUUGAUCAACAGGUCACUGAGGAGCAGCUUGCAGCUCUAUUUGUUGGUUGUGGACAGGUUGUUGAUUGUCGCAUCUGUGGUGAUCCCAAAUCCAUACUGCGUUUUGCCUUUAUCGAGUUCACUGAUGAGGAUGGUGCACGGACUGCACUAAAUCUGUCUGGAACAAUGCUGGGAUACUACCCGGUGAGGGUGCUUCCUUCCAAGACUGCCAUAGCACCAGUUAACCCAACCUUUCUGCCUAGGAAUGAUGAUGAACGGGAGAUGUGCUCAAGAACUAUUUACUGCACAAAUAUCGAUAAGAAGGUGACUCAAGCCGAUGUUAAGCUCUUUUUUGAAUCUUUAUGUGGAGAGGUUUAUCGCCUGAGGCUUCUUGGGGACUAUCACCACUCUACUCGCAUUGCUUUUGUGGAGUUUGUGCAGGCUGAGAGUGCAAUAACUGCACUGAAUUGCAGCGGCGUGGUGUUGGGUUUAUUGCCCAUAAGGGUGAGCCCAUCGAAGACCCCAGUCCGGCCACGUUCACCUCGCCUGCCCCUGAACUAAAGCACCAUAUAUAUUAUAGUCGGAGCUCUUAGUCUUCCUCAUAGGCGAUAGAAAGGUUUUAAAUAGCUUACUUAUAGUCCCUUUUUGGCAUUUGUAAUCAUGGAGACAUUGUGGUAGAGAUGGACGAGACCUAAAUUUUUUUUUUUUAAGCAACUUGUUUCAGUACUUCAUCCCAUGUUGCAAUCUCUGAUUCUGUUUUAAUUAUCUCUCUGCACACUACACAUUUGUAUACCUUUAGAACUCACAACUGCAUGAUGCAUCUCAAAGCUUUCCCAUCUGCGAGCAGAUGCAUUGCCUCGUUGAUUUUUUCGAAGGGAAGCUCGUGGGUUAUAAGCUCUUCCAUAUUCAUAUCCUGUCCACAAAAAUAUGAGUGAUUAGAAAUACACUACAGGGCAACAU